AUGGCUGCCUCCACCAUGUCUGUCUGCUCUGAGCCCUGCACUGAAUCCUCCUGGCAGAUAGAGGACUGCCCAGAGAGCUGCUGUGAGCCCAGCUGCUGUGCCCCCAGCUGCUGCCAGCCCAGCUGCUGCCAGCCCAGCUGCUGUGCCCCAGCCCCCUGCCUGACCCUCAUCUGCACCCCGGUUAGCUGUGUGUCCAGCCCCUGCUGCCAAUCUGUCUGCUGCACACCCUCAUGCUGCCAACAGUCCAGCUGCCAGCCAGCUGGCUGUACCUGCUCCCCCUGCCAACAGUCCUGCUGUGUGCCUGUCUGCUGCAAGCCUGUCUGCUGCACACCCAUCUGCUCUGGAUCCCCAUGCUGCCAGCAGUCUAGCUGCCAGCCCUCAUGCUGCCAAUCCUCCUGCUGUGUGCCUGUCUGCUGCAAGCCUGUCUGCUGCACACCCAUCUGUUCUGGAUCCUCCCCAUGCUGCCAGCAGUCUAGCUGCCAGCCCUCAUGCUGUCAGUCAUCUUGCUAUGUGCCUGUCUGCUGCAAGCCUGUCUGCUGCACACCCAUCUGUUCUGGAUCCUCCUCAUGCUGCCAGCAGUCUAGCUGCCAGCCUUCAUGCUGUCAAUCCUCCUGCUGUGUGCCUGUCUGCUGCAAGCCUGUCUGCUGCAAGCCUGUCUGCUGCAAGCCCUGCUCCAGCAUGUCCCUGCUCUGCCGCCCUGUGUGCAGACCUGCCUGCUGUGUGCCCACCUCCUCCUGCUGUGCCUCCUCCUGCCAGCCCAGCUGCUGCAAGCCCUGCUCCAGUGUGUCCCUGCUCUGCCGCCCUGCCUGCUCCCGCCAGGCCUGCUGUGGAAGCAGCGCAGCGGGGGACCCUCCCACCCUGCCCACCUUGUCCUGGGCCACCACUCUCACACCUGUGAUAGAGGAUCCUGGUCAUAGGCAGCCCCUGCCCACCCCUCUGGGCCAGCCUUUUUCCCAGGAGCCACCGGGCAAGGACAAGCAGAUUUUCAGGCUGUCAGAAGACGGCUCUGAGAUGACACUAAGCAAUGGAAAGAUAACCCCACCCACCUACUCCCCCUUCACCAUCUGCACCCUCACACCACCCCCACCCCCACCACACUCCCCAGGAGUCCGAGGCUUCCUGCCUCUGGAAGAUCUGGGCUCACAUUUCACACAACUCCUACCAGACCUGCCCACCAUGGCCACCUCCACCAUGUCCAUCUGCUCCAGUGACCUGAGCUAUGACAGCCGGGUCUGCCUGCCCGGUUCCUGUGAUUCUUGUACUGACUCCUCCUGGCAGGUAGACGACUGCCCAGAGAGCUGCUGUGAGCCCACCUGCUGUGCCCCCAGCUGCUGCCAGCCCAGCUGUUGUGUGCUCAGCUGCUGCAUGCCCAGCUGUGGCCAGCCCAGCUGUUGUGUGCCCAGCUGCUGCAUGCCCAGCUGCUGCCAGUCCAGCUGCUGUGUGCCCAGCUGCUGUGACCCAUCCCCCUGCCUAAGCCUCAUCUGCACCCCAGUGAGCUGUGUGUCCAGCCCCUGCUGCCAAUCUGCUUGCAGCAGCUGCUGCACACCCUCAUGCUGCCAACAGUCUAGCUGCCAGCCAGCUUGCUGCACCUGCUCCCCCUGCCAGCCAUCCUGCUGUGUGACCCUUUGCUGCAAGCCCGUCUGCUGCACACCCAUCUGCUCUGGAUCCUCCUCAUGCUGCCAGCAGUCUAGCUGCCAGCCCUCAUGCUGUCAGUCAUCCUGCUGUGUGCCUGUCUGCUGCAAGCCUGUCUGCUGCACACCCAUCUGUUCUGGAUCCUCCUCAUGCUGCCAACAAUCUAGCUGCCAGCCCUCAUGCUGUCAGUCCUCCUGCUGUAUGCCAGUCUGCUGCAAGCCUGUCUGCUGCAAGCCCUGCUCCAGCGUGUCCCUGCUCUGCCGCCUUGUGUGCAGACCUGCCUGCUGUGUGCCCACCUCCUCCUGCUGUGCCUCCUCCUGCCAGCCCAGCUGCUGCAAGCCCUGCUCCAGUGUGUCCCUGCUCUGCCGCCCUGCCUGUUCCCGCCAGGCCUGCUGUGGUCUCUCCUUGGGCCAGAAGUCCAGCUGCUGA